AUGGAGUCUGCAGAUUCGGUUGCAGAAUCUGUACUCACAGAUAACGUUUAUUUGGCGUCUAAAACAACAUAUGAUCUGUCCCAUGCUGUAAACAAGUCAGAACUUCAAAGUGCAUGUCCAGCUGAAGGGGAUGUUGUAAACAGGCUGGGCAUGGAGAAAGACCAUUGCAAACAAUGCACGGAUUCGCUUUUGGAGGAAAGCUCUGUUGCUUUUGCAGGACACCCAACCAAGUGCAUUGCCGUGCAGACAGAUUUUGGGAAACACGAUGCAGAAACAAUUACAAAUGAGGACACAGAGCAGAUUUUGAAGCAGCUUGUUGAAUGCAGGGAACAACUGAAGGACCGUUAUCAGGAGGUGCUGGACAGACAAACCCAGGCAGAGAAACAGCUGCAGGUUCAAAUAAAACGGCUAAGACAGCAGGAGGAAGAAGAAAUACAGAAACACAAGGGACAUCUGAAGUCUAUUCAAGACAUGACCACUAAGAUAGAAGAGACUAGGAAAAGAAUAGAAAAAGAGCGGAAGGAACAUUCCCACAAGGAGCAGGACCUGAACACUGAAUUGGGGAAGUUACAGAGCAAGAGUGAGAGCCUUCAACAGGAGCUCAAGGAAUUGUAAAAGGAAAUUGAGGGACUACUUGAUGAGCAGAAUACAGAGAGGCAGGAGUGGAAUGCUGAGCUCACCUUCCUGAAGAAGAAAGAAAGUGAGGUAACACAGAGUGUGCUGGAGGAGCUUGAGCGAGCAAAAACAGCUGAGAUUCUGUCCCUGGAGAGCCGGAGAGAUCUGUUAUUUAUUUCAUUAGAAGAGGCAGAGAAAGAGGCUCAAGUUACCCUGUCAUAUCUCAGGGUGGCUCCAGCCAACUUGGAGUGGAUGCAGCUAAAACAGAGGUGGGAGGCAAGGCUGGCUGGGAUACUGCAACUUAAAGCAAACAUUCGGGAACAGAUUGACCAAUGUAGAGAACCAGAUGGCUCCGCCUCCCUGGCCGCCACUCACCAACAGGCCGCUCCUCUCCUCUAA